AUGUCUUCUACUUUGCAAUCUGGCGAAAAGUUCCCUUCCGGUGUUGUCUUCCAACACAUUCCUCUCGACGCUCAGUCUUCUCCUUUGGCCUGCUCCCGCCCAAUUCCGUUCGAUUUUGACGCUAAGACCAAGGGUAAGAAGGUUGUGAUUGUUUCCGUUCCUGGUGCCUUCACUCCUACCUGUACUGAAAACCACAUUCCAGCUUUCGUCGAGAACUUCAGCAAGUUGACUGCCAAGGGUGCCGACUACGUGAUUGUUCUUUCCGCUAAUGAUCCCUUCGUGCUCAACGCGUGGGGUAACUUGCUUGGUGGUGGCAAGGUUGACCACCCAGAAAAAUUGAUCUGGGCUUCUGACGGUAACGCCGAGUUUGCCUCCAAGAUCGGGUUCGGUCUCGACUUGACCUCUAAGGGUAUGGGCCCAAGAACCGGCAGAUUUGCCAUCAUCGUUGAUGACGGUAAGGUUGUCUACUCCGAAAUCGAGCCAGCUGGGGGUGUCACUGUCUCUGGUUACGACGCCGUCUUGGCCAAGUUGUAG